AUGGCAUUCACCCUUUCCCUCCUCCUUCUGCUUCUUGACAUUGCCUCUGCAACACAAUGCUACUGGCCGAAUGGCGAUAAUGCAACUGCCGACUGGGUCCCAUGCCCAAACAGUCGGGUUUGCUGCUCGACAACCGAAGCCUGUCUCUCCAACGGUCUCUGCUACGAGGCAAAUCUGAAUAUUGCCCAUCGCGGUGCCUGCGCCGAUCAUUCAUGGCCGAUAUCAGAGUGUCCUCGUAUCUGCUAUAGCGAAGUCCCAGGCGGCUGGGCAAAUCUCUAUCCCUGCCCGAACAACACAAAUCAGGUCUUCACCUGCGGCGAACCAGGCUGGGCAUCGGAGGUCUGCGAAAAGAAUAUUGGAACGUACUCAUGGGUCAGUGGCUAUGUUUCGUACGCCUACUUGCCCACCUCCACCGCCACGACAGGCACAGCCGCCACCUCGACUUCAUCUCCCACCUCAGUCGACGCCGUUCAGACCACGCCGGUAGACGCGACAUCAUGUCCGGAUACAUCAUCUUCGAAUAGCUCCGUCGCGAUCGGUGCGGGAUUAGGGGUUGGACUUGGUGUGCCGCUUUUGUUGUCGUUGGCGGGUAUGUUAUGGACGUGUGCUCGUAUGAAACGACAAAUGAGGGCAUUCAACCAAGAACGGAUGGAGCAGCAGCAAUUGAAAGGCUGGGGACAGGGUAGUCCGAUUCCCAAGGACCACUUGGGGGAAAUGGAUGCUCCGAAUCCCAGGGAUAGAGUGGAAGAAGUGCAUGGCUCGGAGCCCAUUGUUACGGAGCUGGGAGGGUAGUGGAUUCUGCUUCUGGCGCAGGGCGGAUUUGUAUUAAUGGAUGCAGGCUACGCAGCG